AUGCUAAAUCUUUCUAUUAUAAUAUGUUUUGCAUAUGAUGUGGCGAAGAGAAGCAACAAAAUUAUCUUGGACUUCGAGCGCUACUGCAAUGAAUUCUCAAGAGACACGUAUCAUUGGUUAUGCUAUAGAGAAUCAACGGUGCAUGCCAUAGGCAUGUCAUUCCUCGCAGCUCAAAAGUUAGGCGGAGUAACGGAGACAGUUCGCAAAACAGCAGUAAUGAAAGCUAUUAUAGAAAUGCGGAAAAUGGGAUACGCGGCGGAAUCUAUACAUCUUGGCGCAUAUAUAAUGGAUAAAUGUUUGGACUCAUUUCAUGUGGCAUGUCAAGCUCUACCCGAUGUCUGUGCCGUCUCUAUGGUGCUGGGGACGAAAAUUGAAGAGUAUGAAUCUUUGCGUCCUGGUACCUUGAAUGGUCUCGCAGGUGCCAGCAGAAACAAGAAACGCCUUUGCCAUAUUGAAAAACGAAUCAUACAUGAGCUAGCUAGUGGCUUAUGCUUCCCGACGCCGCUAGUCCUUGCAAAUUUCAUGUUGGCUCACCUCCACAGCAAUGAAGAACAAGCACGUUUUGUACAUUACCUCCUGGAUCUCGCAGUAUUGGAGUCCCGUUUUCGAGAUGAAGCCGGCGCAAGGCUGGCCCAUGCAGCUGUUUGCAUCUCAGCUGCUGUUGUGGACGACAACAAAGUACGCAAUUCCGAAUGUCGAGCUUUAGUUGAAGCAGAACAUCGUCUUUCGAACUUCACGCAAAUGCUCUGUGGAAGUACGCGGGAUGUCAUGCGAGAAUUGAUCAUAGAAAUGGAAAAGGCUGUUGACGAAAAAAACGCGGUUUUAGUCGAGUAUUUAGCUGAGGACAGCAGACGGGUGUGUUAUUCUGAAGUUUCACCAGCUUUGUGGAAUUUUAUUUUCAAGGAUUCGCAUAUUCGUAUCCACAACGACAAGGAGUCGGAGUCUAUAUUGCAGAUAGCAUAAUGACAGUUUUGCCCAGUAUAAAGCUUGAAAGUAACGAGACGAUUCUGAUAUAAUAAUGAGUCAAUUAAGCACCUCAUUUUCUACGUAAUCAUUGUUAAGCAUAUCUGAUUUGUACCCAGAGUUUGUUUGGCAUAGGACUUGCAAAGUCACCUAUUGAU